CCCGAGUUUUUCUUUAGGGGGCGCUAACCUUUCGACUGCGGUGCAACACCUUGCAGGCCGCGGGCGUCACGUUAACAGUCAGCGGGGAAGCGACGAUGGAGGCCAGCGACGUCCAGGUCCCGAACGCCGAGCGCGUGCGGGCGCGCGACGCGUGGCUGGCCCGGACCAACACCAGGAUCGAUCAAGUUAACGGACAGAGGAAGUACGGAGGCCCGCCGGAAGGGUGGGAAGGCCCAGCGCCGGGACCCAAUUGCGAGGUCUUCAUCCGGAACAUCCCGCGGGACCUCUACGAGGACAGGCUGAUUCCCCUUUUUCGAUCCGCGGGGCCGCUGUGGGAAUUCCGACUCAUGAUGAAUUUCAGCGGGCAGAACCGGGGCUUCGCCUACGCCAAGUACGGCAGCCCGCAGGUCGCCGCCGACGCGAUACGCCAGCUCCACGGCGUCACGCUCGAGCCCGACUUCCGCGUCGCCGUCUGCCGCAGCGUGGAGAAGAGGCGCCUCCGCGUCACUUUUUCGCAAGCCGUUAGCGGCGAGGGAGAAUUUUUUCAGAUGAUCGCUGGGAUCGCAGAAGGGGUUGAGAGCCUUUCUCUCAACUCGGGAUGCGGGAGAAACGACGCAUCGGCGGUCGUCGUGUUCUCAUCCCACCACGCUGCGUCGAUGGCCAAGAAGGUCCUGGCGGAAGAAUUUAUGCGACGCUUCGCCCUUCGCAUCUCGGUCAUGUGGAUGCCCCCGUUCCGGACCUCAAAGCGGUUCUGGCCUCGCUUGCCGGCUCCUCCCCACGAGUGUUCCCGCCACAGCGCCGGCACCCCGCCGGCGGUCGUCCUGCCUUCUUCGAGUCCGUCCUUUGGCAGAGCCGCGGGAAGAAGCGCUGACCCCGAGGCGACCCCCCGCGGGAACCCGCCCGCACUGACGGUCCUGCACCAGAUUUGCGUGGCGAUCGGCGUCGGGUUUCCCCAUUUUGAGUUCUUCGUCGGCCGACCCCGACCUGACGGAUUCCUCGACCUGACCUACAGGGUGAGUCUCCCCGGGGUGGGUGCCUUCUCGGGGCUGCUGAUCGUGCCGGAACCCGCUUCCGCCGCCACGCUGGAGGUCGUUCAAGAGGCCGCGGCUCAUCGGGCCUUGCGGUUUCUGGAGGCCCUGAACCUCUUGCGCCGCUCGGCCUGACAAACUUGUUCAAACUACUUUCUGCUGCGGUUGGUUUUCUUCCCUGUGUUUUCCCCCAAAAAAGGGGAUUUCAUUGUCUUUGGCGUUUGUUCAUCUCUGCAUGUUAGUACGAAUUUAAUUGAGUGAGUUGCCGUGUUCAAGUCCUGCAUGUGUUUUGUUGUUUUCGCUGGUUUUCUUAUAAAAGUGAAAAGGAAAAAAAAAAAAAAAACUGCACUUGCGGCCUUUUGUGUAUUCGUUCCCUGAAUCCGUGUUAAAGGCAGUGAAGCCUUGACACCGUCCAAUUUAGCUUUCUAGCUGCUGACAAAGAGACUUGUUUACUAUCAACACGGCUAAGUAGAGCUCGACGACAAGCGUAAACUUUUGAAGAUUAUUGUGUGAAGAGGUAGGAAAAAAGUUUGCAAAAGAUACGAUUUAAAACUACAAUUUUACACUAUGUAAAAAUAAAUUUGAGUGUGUUGCAGCUAACUGGCCCCCCCAAAAAUGCUGACUAAAUUUUAAACACGACACUUCUCCAAAAC